AUGUCUCCCCCUAAAGCGUUCGACUUCACAGGCGAAGUCGCCAUCAUAACGGGUGCUGGCUCUCGGAUGAAAGGCGAGGUUGGCAACGGUAGUGCUACGGCAUUGCUACUUGCUCGUCAUGGAGCCAAGGUAGCCAUCGUAGACCGCAACCUAGAUGCAGCUGAGGAAACCAAAAGAAUGAUUGAGAACGAGGGUGGUAAGGCCGAGGUGGUUCAAGCCGAUGUGACAGUGGAUGCAGACUGCAAAGCAGCCGUUGCUAGAACUGUCGAGUUGUUCGGGAAGGUAGACAUCCUCGUGAACAUUGUUGGUAUCGGAGGCGCCCAGGGAACGGUCGAGAAAGUGAGCUUCGAAGAAUUCAAUCACGACUUCCACUAUAAUGUUACAAGCAUGGUCCUUAUGUCGGGCUAUGCUGUGACCGAGAUGCGCAAGAACGGACGAGGUUCGAUCGUCAAUAUGAGCUCUGUAUGUGGCUUGACCGCCGGGAGCCCUUCAGUCUUCUAUCCAACCGCCAAAGGCGCCAUUGUGCAGAUGACGCGGGCCAUGGCUGGUCAUCACGGCCCCGAGAACAUUCGUGUUAACUGCGUCUGUCCGGGAAUGGCCUACACGCCCAUGGCCCGUAGUCGUGGCAUGACCGAAGAUAUGCGCAUGGAGCGCAAAAACCUGGCGUUUCUCAAAUACGAAGGGACUGCGUGGGACAUUGGAAAUGCCAUCAUGUUCUUGUCCAGCAAAGAAGCAAGAUGGAUUACCGGUGCGAUUCUGCCUAUUGAUGGAGGGUAUACUGCUGGAAGAACAGAUCAUCCCAAAAUGGGAAUGUCCAUGGAUGCUGCCCCGGGACAUAAGUAG